GGCAACUUUAACCUUGACUUUAAGGACAAAGUCAAAGCCAGCCGCCCAGACUUCGACUUUGACUUCAAAGUCAAACUCAAAGUCGGUGCGCCGGGGGAGGGGGGGGCAAAGUCAGCAGGCAGCCACAGCCCAGCCACGGCUGGAAGAGCAAAACCACAGCGAGAUACUCGCGAUAGUUUCCCCCUUCACGGCCGCAGCCACGGCCGCAGCCGCAACCGCAGCCAAGGCUGCGGCUGACAGAAGCAGCCGCAGCCAAAUCCGCAAGCGCGAACCGACCGCGAAAAUUCGCAAUAGAAUUGCAAUAGUUCCCCCUCCCAACCGCGCCGCAGCCACAGCCGCAGCCACGGACAGAAAAAAAAGAAGAAGAAGAAGAUGAAUAGAGAGAGAGAGGGGAAGGACAAAAAAAAAAACGCUGCACUUCCCCUUCCAGCUGCAGCCGCAGCCGCAGCUCCGACCGCAGCUGCAAAACACUGCGAAAAAAUCGCAGUCGAUCCUUCUCCCAGCCACGGCGGCAGCCGCGGCCCGAAAAAGAGAACCACUGCGGCAAAUUCGCUAGAGCCAGCUGCAGCCCGACCGGAGCAGCGGCUGGGCCAAGAGAAGAAAGAACUGCGAAAAAUUCGCGACAGCUUCGCCUUUCAGCUGCGGGCAGCCCGAGCCCGGAUCGCCAAAGCGGCCGCAGCCGAAGCCCCGACCGCAACUGCGGCCGGAGCCGGAAGAUGACCGCAACAAAUCGCAACAGCUUCGUUCCAGCGGCGCAGCAUAAUCCCGACCGGCCGCGGACGCGUUCCGACAGAGAAUCUACGGGGGAGCUUUCUACUCCCAGCCGUCGCGGCCGCAGCUUCGAUCGAAAACGCGGCCGCGGAUGGAAAGUGAACGCCCGAGAAAAAAUAAAUAUUUCCAUCUCGGCCGCGGCGGCAGCCGCAAUCACGACCGCAGUCGCGGCCACGAGAACGGUGAUAGCAAAGCAUGGUGGCGAAGACGGGAGAAUAUAGUACGAACAGUUCGCUCCUUAUGCUUUUCAUUGCUCUGCCGAACUGCUUGCUAGCUCAUCUCCAGUUCGAGUUACAUUGACAAACUCAGCAUUAUCUCCUGAAAAUUGAGAGAGUUAAAAUAGGCCCAGCUCCCGCGAGUUCAGGCAUCUAGAUGGCCCGACAGCGUGCGCCGGAAUUACUCUCUAGCUCUGCAGCUUCGCUCUUCGGGAAGCUCUACGAAUUACUUUGAAAGUUACUACGAAAAUUAAAAACUCGUGACCAGCAGAGCUUUCCUAAGGGCGAAGCGGCGAAGCUAGACAGCAAUUCUGGGGCACCUCUUAGAACUCGCCGGCAUCGACAGGGGGCUGGCGGUAAACUGUUGACCAGGUAAUCGCCGGGACCUUCGCAGAGUGCCCGACGCGCGAAUGGGAGUCGGCGGUAAGCCGUCAACAAGGUUUUUUGCGGUUUGCGGUCUCGCUAAUCGGGCCCUCAUGGGGCAGCGAGCGUGCUCACAAGAAGCCAAGAAAACUGCGAUACUCGUUGAGCUGUACAAGAGUACAAAACAAGGACGCGGGCAAGGACCUUCUUUGAGGCAUCUAGAAUGACACGUGCCGAGCCAGCGUGGCUUAGGCAUGUCGGAUUCGAACACCUGCGGCCCCACUAACAGGGGCCCCGUCACGCAGUCACGCAACGUCAAGGUCUCCAAACGAGGCCGAAAAGUGAGCAGUUGUACUGAGAUUGGCGAGCCAGGGUGGCUGAGGCACCGAAUAGAAAAGGAAGUACGGCACUCCAAACGAGUCUUCUCAGGAUACACAAUGAAUUCUGCACUCCACUCGAGGCGGAGAAGAGUAAGACCUCAUGCAAUGAAUUAUCAAUUAUCAGUUAUCAAUGACUCAAUGUUGAAUGUUCUCUUGUCAUCCUCGAACUUGCAUGAAUUGAAGGAUACACAAUGAAUUCUGCACUCUACUCGAGGCAAAGAAAAGUAAGACCUCAUGCAAUGAAAUAUCAAUUAUCAGUUAUGAAUGACUCAAUGUUGAAUGUCUUCUUGUCAUCAUCGAACUUGCGUGAAUUGCGGGAUACACUGAAUUCUGCACCCCACUCGAGGCAGGGAAAAGUAAGACCUCACGCAACGAAUUAUCAAAUAUCAGUAAUGACUCAAUGUUGAAUGUCUCCUUGUUAUCGUCGAAAACUUGCAUGACUUCAUAUGAGUAACGAUCAGAAAGAUCAAAGAGAAGCGCCUCCGCCGAUUUGUGUCACUUUACUGCCCACUGUUUUGACAUCCUGCCGAACUCCCUCCACCGCAUCAUGUACCGCCGUCGAAACGAUCCUGGGCAACAUCUGCUGAAACUUCCUGAACUCUGCAAAUAAAUCCCCUGAGAUCGAUG